AUGUCUUCCGUUUUACCCGACACUACCAUUUCAGUUGCACUGGACAGACUCGAGCGUUUGGAACCCAACCAGUACAUUAUAGCCCUGGGAUCGGGUAGCGAGCAGUUCAUUGCCAACUCCAACGGUUACAGAGUCACCUACAUACCACCAUUGCUGCUCAAUGACACCAUCACUGGGAGCAUUAAAAAGUUCAUAUGGGUUUCCUACGGCUGCAACCUCGAUUCAUUCUUCUUUAGGUAUCAGCGGAGUGACGGAAGACCCGCCUUCAGUAUUGGCCCAAAUGUUCCACAAGGGUUACGUUCGUUUAUCGGGGACCUUAGGAAAUCGGAAACUCUUAUGGCUGGCUUCAGAGUACAGUUUGGCGCCAACAAUUCUUUUGUCGCGUGGUCAGACAAAGAUUGGGUCAGCUCGAAUGUUCCGAACGAGCUUGAUCUCAAACGCGAAAUCAGUUCACACUCAUACGCGACGGAUCAUGUUACCAAGGGUCGGUUCACUGACAGUACGCUAGACAAUUUGCAGUGGCAUUCAAAGGGCUCCUUUUACAUCAAAACCGGCAACCGUCAUUUUUGGAACUUCCAAGCAAAGCCUAUGCAAAUCGCAUGGAACGGAAUGUGGAAAGGCCAAAGCCGAGACGAGCAGAUGCGCAGUACAGUGGAGCAUCUUGCAUACGUCGCGAUUAGCCCAUACUCGCAACGGGGAGAAACCUUUGCAUUUAUUAGAAAUCAAUCUCCUGGCCAUGAAGCCCCUUUCAUCGUCCAUUUCGAGGAAGAGCCCAUGCAUUCCAACAUCAUACAGGGCUUCGACACAGCAGCCAAAGACCCUUCUCCGUCGUCUUCGGUUCCUGACCAUAGUUCUGACCAUAGUUCUGAUCAUAGUUCUGACCAUGGUCCUGACCCCGUGCUACCUUCGCAUCCCUUGGACAAAGACAACAUUACUCUUCCGGACCAAAACACUCAGCUUAUGACCGUCAAGCAGGGAACUGUCUCCUUCAAGUGGGCAACCAGCGAGAGGUCGGGCCGUCCUCAUCAUAAUGAUGCACGCGAGUUGGAACUGAGCAAGGGAGAGAAGAUUAAAGUAUUACGAGAAAUGGGCCGCAACUGGCAUAUUGCCGUCAUCAAGAGAGGCGUCAGAGGCUGGGUACAUGGCUCUUGGCUUGAGUUUGGCGAUGGCAAGGUCCACACCGACUCCAAGGCAGCAUAUGCCCAGUUCAUGGAAGAUCUCGAGAGGCUGCUCAUACCUGGAGAGAUGCGCGAUUUUCCGAUGAUGACAAGCUAUGUUAAUGAGUGCGCCAGGGACGAGUGCAGGCUGCAAAAGCAAGAUGCAUGCUCGUUGGGAAUUUGCAUCCAUGAUUUGUUUGUCUUGCUGCAGGGCUCCGGUAAGGUUUCUUACGAAUGGCUCAAGGAGGGUCGCAACCUCUGGCACCCGGACAGGUUCGCCCGGUUCUGUGAGCCAGAACAAGCAGAGCGUCUGAAGCCUAUGGCCGAGCAGAUGUUUGUCAUGUACGGAGUAUUGAUGGAGAAUUGCCGGAGUUAG